AGCCUCAAAACGAUGGAAGGGACUCGGCAGGAGUUUGAAGAUGCUGUUUCCCUUGUACAGAAACUUCCUAAAGAUGGGCCUUACAAGCCAGGUGAUAAUGUUAGACUGAGGUUCUACGCUCUAUACAAACAGGCAAUGCUGGGCCCUAACACAACUCAGCAGCCCAGUUUCAUGUGGGACCCAGUGGGCAGGUACAAAUGGAAAGCUUGGACAGAUCUAGGUAGCAUAGCCAAAACAGAAGCUAUGCGACAGUAUGUCCUGGAGUUGAAGGAAAUGGUCGGCAAUAUCCCGGAAACAGAUGACAGUCUAGCAUUCCUCACAAUAUUCAGAGAUAAGUUCCAAGUUGAGGAGGGUUACAAAACUCUUGACAGGUCUCAGGAGUGCGUAGAAGUGAUGGAAGGAAAGGCGGAGACAGACACUGAGGAGUUCCUUGACACGGUCACCAAACCUCCAUCAGCAGAGAAUAAACACACUAACUUUCUGGACCCUGAGACGGAACUUCUGGAUAACAGUUUAGAUAUCAGUAACGCAGGGCACAGCUCAGACAGUACACAGGCUACAUCUCGUAAAAAGAAAAGGAAACAGGGCAAGAAGAAUAGUGACUCGUUCGGAAGCUCUGAAGCUUGUAGCAGUGAUGUGCGGAUAAUAGACGUGGAGUCACAGAUCCUGCGCACCUUGCGCCUCAUGCGCCAAGACGUACGUGGCCUCCUCAAAAGGAUGGACGCACUGGAAAACAUCCUGGCACGGCACCUGCUAUCCGAACAGUCGCGCAGUAGCACAAUCUCGUCUGUGUGGGAGCGGCGGUGGCUCAUAUUCAUGGUUACCUGGCCUGUUUUAACUCAAAUUCUUGGGCUGUGGUAUGUGAGACGGUAUUACAGGAAAAGAUGAUAGUUUGUAGUUUGUUAAUUUAGUUUUAUAUUUGGAAUGCCUUUUCUCCAGGGUUUAUUUAUAGUUUCCGCUGUUCUUUGUUAUGUUUAACUCCUCUCAUCUUACAAGAUACACUCUGUCUGCAGUUUAUCUAAUCCUAUACUUCUUGUACACUGUCUAGUGUCUAAUGAGAUUUUCGUACAAUAUUUUAACGUUAGCCUCCAUGUUCUUGAACAUUACGGUAGAACGCAUAAGAAGUUUACAUCUUUUAGGCUUGUCUAUAAUUUAGAACAUCGUAUUCUUGUUAUAUAUAUUAACCAUUAAAAUUAGAUUAAUUUUGGUAUAAAAUGCGCAAUCUUAUUUUAUCAAUAACAUCAUAGAAGCGCAAGUGGAAAAAAUUAUAUUCGAUUAAUAAAAGAAAGAUUUUAUUUCAUAAUAUUCACAUCGUAAGUUAAAAUAGUCAUAUUAUAACCAUUUCAAAGAAGUAAAUGACCCUGGUCAAUGGUCAUUAGGAAAGUUCGCACGAGAUGGACCACGUUUUUCCCAAUUUAACUUUAGAAGAUUGUCACAGGAAGAACUUUUAAGAUAUGCAUAUGAUAUUUCAUAUGUCUAAUACUGUUCAACUAAUUGAGUUUCGAUUAAUAAAAAUUUUGAAGCGAAAUUUUAGGAGUGUUUCUUAUGACCAGGGUCAAAUCUAUAAGUGACGCUGCCAAAUCAGUGCAAGACCAGUGAAAGUUAUAUAUUGACAUUAUAAACAGCUGAGCGUUUUGAUAUAUCAGUUGUACAACUAUUAUAUAUGUAUAAUGAAUGAAUGAUUCUUUUGAAUAUUUUGAUUGAUUUGUUUAUGGUUAUUUUAAAGUAAAAUAUGAUAUUGAGGAGUUCACAUUUAUUUUCAGUUUGU